AUGGACUCUGACGAUGAAGUACUUACCCUUUCUGCUUCCACUUUAGCAGCUCUUCAAGAAUUCAAGAAGGAAGAAAGUGAAAGAGUAGAACAGUUCACUAAAUUAUCCCAAAGUGCUCAGGAAGAAUACGACGAAAAUCAGAGGCAAAUAUCAAUUGAUUUAUUUCAAGAAGAUUGGCAAUUGUCUCAGUUUUGGUACGUUGAUAAAACAGCAGAAAUAUUAGGACGUGCAUUAUUAGAAGGUGCUGAUGAAGAUACAGUCAUAGCUAUUGCAAGUGCACCAUCGGUGUACGCUGCAAUUAGGAAAUUCCCAAAAGAAGAAAUUCCAACUAAACAUAUCUACCUCUUCGAAUAUGACAAAAGAUUUGAAGUAUUAGCUGGGAAGGAUCAUUUUUAUUAUUAUGACUACAACUUCCCCAAUGACAUACCAGAAAUUUUAAGACAUAAAGUUGAUAGAUUAUUAAUCGACCCACCAUUUUUGGAAGAAGUUUGUCAAGCAAACUCUGCAAAGGCAGCAUUCAAUUUAUUGAAAAAGGACAAAACUUCAUUAACCAAGAAAGGUGACUUAAAGUAUAAGAUUAUGUCAUGUACUGGAGAGAGAAUGAAGCAUGUUAUCAGACAUAAUUAUCCAGAGACCAGAAUGACCGAUUUCUAUCCAGAGCAUUCAAAUUUGAUGAAUGAGUUUAGAUGUUACGCAUCGUUUGAGUGGUCAGGAUGGAAAUUCUUACCAGAAAGUGCACAAGGAGAUGCUUGA